AAGAAGGAGGAAACAAUGGAGUUUGAGACUCACUGUAUGUCAUUUCCAUGUACUGAACUCUUGUUAUUCAACUAUGCCAAGAUAAGUUCAAUUUUUCAUUCAAGGACACCUUUAAUAUAUUUCAGUGUCAAUAAAUAUGUCUUCUACUGUAAGCCGUGUUACUCAUUUGACUGAUCGAACUGGACGUGUGUAAUGCUGAGUGCUGUAGAGAGUCUUCUGGUUUCUAGGUGUGUGUUUAUCUUAUCUUCAUUGUCUCUCUGCAUUCAUCCGCUCUGAGCGAGAGUUUCUCACAGCUGUGGGUUAUAGUCGGCCUCAACUCUGGUCUGCUUUAUGUUAAGUUCAUGAACAGAGUCACACACUGUGGAAAACAUCAACGCCUGUGCCGUUUCUAUCUUUGUCUUCAUCUCUGUUCCACUCCAUUGCUAUUAAGUGUGUUUGCUGGUGUCCUAUUUUUAUUCUGCAGAAGCAUUUCUGCUCAGAUUCAUAGUAAAAUAUUUUACAGCAUAUAAAUUGAACAACCACAGAAUGCAGCUUUUACUCUUCGGUAAGUUGCUCAAUGUAAUUUCACUGUGAUCUUUGUGACUGUGAAUUAUGUUUUACUAGAUGUGUUUAUUCUCCACAGUUCUGCUGCUGGUGUGUCAAACUACAGAGAGUUUAACAGAUGAACAGGUGAAUUUAGGGCAAAACAUGACUUUAGACUGUCAGAUUGAUGUGAAAGAGAUUUAUUGGGUUUUCCAGAAACUGACGGAUUCUCCAGUGCUGAUUCUGCGAACUUUCUCAUCAGGAUCUACAAAACCAGUUUUUUAUGAUGAAAGAUUCAAAGACAAAUAUUCAUCACUAACUUUGAGCAGGUUAUUUAUUAAUAACAUCACUAUUGAUGAAUUAGGAAUAUAUUAUUGUGUAAAAACAACUAGGUCAGGCCCACAGCUCAGCAAUGGCACCAGACUUUACAUCACUGAAGCUGUUCGAGAUCACAAUCAGACAGAAGUGAACAAUAACUCACAAUGUCCGAAUACACCGCAAGCUCUGAUAGUUUUAUAUGCCAUACUGAGCAUUGUGAUCUUUUUGGCAAUAAUAGGCCUACUGCAGAUCAAACUUCAAGAGCGUAAGAAAAGACACAAACAAUGUCAAGAUGAGCAGCUUUACAGCACAAAUGCUGAAGAGUUUUCUGCAGUGGAGUUUCGUCUGUCCCGUCCGAUCAACAACACUUUUGGAAAAAAACCAAGUCAAACAUGAUCAAGAGUAAAUCAUCUCAUACAGUCUAACAGAUUCUGCUAAAUAAAGAGAGUAAAAUAUUGUUAGUUUGUUGUUUAUUUAAUACUGACUGAUGUUAUAGAUUGUUUAUAUAGACAUUAAUGUAAUGCAAAAUUGUUAAUAUCUUUUCAGCAUUGCUUCUUUGUUUUUUGUUUUGUUUUGUUUUUCUUGAUAAGUCAGUUCUGUAGUAAAUUUCUGUAAUAAGUUUUUGAUUUUUUUGAGUGUUUUUAUGUGAAAUGGCAAAAAGCAAAGCUAAAUAUGUGUCGGCCCACAGCAUAUACCUUUGCUUCAUUGAAGUGUUAGAGGCCUCAGAUCAAAAUGUAUUAGUACACAGAAAAAUAUUGCUUACAUUUUUAUUUUCAGUAAUAUGUUAUUAUUAUAAAUACAUGAGAAUACAUUAAAGUAUGUGCUAAACAAUGAGAGUAAAAUAUUGUUAGUUUGUUGAUUGACUGAUGUUUGUUUCCUAAUCAUGUAUAUAAUGCAAAAUUCUCAAUAUUUUUUUCAGCACAGCCUUUCUUUAGUCUUGAUAAUGUCUUAUAAAUGAAAUAUUAACACAAGUUAUAUAUGUUGCUUUUGCGUGGCUUCAUUCUUUAACUAUGGAUUUUUAUAUAAACAGUUAAACACACAAUGAUGUAAAAUGACAAAAAGCAAUAGUGGCAAAAAGUGAUGUCCAGCCUAAAACAAUUGACGUCUUCACCCUUUAUUCAAAUAUUAGUAAAAAUGUUAAAGAUUUACAGUAUAUUACGUAAUUGUGCUUGGAGCCAGUUGUUUUAUUUGUGAUGAUAACUCUAUUUGUGAUGAUGUCCAGUUGUACAGACAUCACUUUUGGUCAGGCUGUCAAACAAAAUAAACAUAUGCUAAAAAAGGGAGAACCAACUAUAUAUUAAUAACUGAUUAUUUUGAAAUCAAUGUUCUUUUGCCUGUUAGCUUUCUGUUUUUCUACGCAUUAAUCUUGCAUAGUUAAAGGGAUAGUUCACCCAAAAAUGAAA